AAACGGCGGAGCGGAGCGGAGCCGAGCCGACCCAGGUGAAAGCAACAGGCUAAAACGGCCGGUACAACUGCCCCCUGCAGACACAACUACCGCCCCAAUCCCUUAUCUUUCUCUCGAUCUCUCGACUUGGACGUCACUCCUCUCCGCUCUGAUUCCUUAAAACGCAGCGUUUCACUGCCCCCCAAAACCUGCUUCUCUCUUUGUCUCUCUAGAAUUUCUUCUAGGGUUUCUCAGUCUAUUGAUCGAACCAAGACUUGGACUUUUCAGAACCCACCUUAAAUUCAUCGCCCCAUACACGCCAUUCAUUCUAUUCCUACCUGCGUUUCGUCGCCAAGCCCCACCGGGCCACAGUGUAAGCACUUCUACCUUUUUCAGUUUUUCUCAUUCCGAACGAAGUCGUUUCGUGGCCCGUGUUGUCGUUUUGUGAUGUCGUGCGAUCUGGGUUUGGAAAUGGGUGUGAGGAUGAGCUGGUGCUGACUGUGGGAUGCGGGCUUGAACAUUUGGGGUUGUGGAACUCGGUAUUUUCUGUUUGGUUGUCAAGAAAAUGGAAGAAAAUUUGGAGUUUUGAAUUUUGAAUUUUAAAAUUUGAAUGGGGUUGAAUUGAGAAAGCUUGAAUUAGGCUCGUCCGUGGAGGUUUUCUUGUCGGUGGGUCCCGGAUAAUGUUAAUACAGCUAGCUUUGGAUGCUGAGUGAGAAUCAUGUAUUCAGAACUUGUGGACAUUCAACCUCGAGAACUCAAAUUCACAUUUGAAGUGAAGAAGCAAAGCUCAUGUUCUAUUCGACUAGUCAAUAACACCUAUCACCAUGUCGCUUACAAGGUUAAAACCACCUCCCCAAAGAAAUACUGUGUGAGACCUAACACAGGCGUUCUUAAGCCAAAUUCAACAUGUGAUUUUACAGUCACAAUGCAAGCUCAACGGUCCGCCCCUCCUGACAUGAUUUGCAAAGACAAGUUCUUAGUUCAAAGCACAAUUGUUCCCGCUGGGACAAGCGAUGAGGACAUUACACCUGGCAUGUUUUCCAAAGACAGUGGAAAAUACAUUGAAGAGAAUAAGUUGAGAGUGAUCUUGAUCAGCCCACCCAAUUCACCAGUGCUAUCACCGAUCAAUGGAGCAUUGACGCAGGUUCCAGUUUAUGAAGCUUCACUGCCAAAGGAUGAAGUACUAAGUAGAGUCAAGAUUGUUACCCCACAUCACGUAGUUGCUAAGGAUGAGGAGUCUGAAAUGCUUGAUGAGGAAUUAAAACCAGCAGCCGAACUGGUUGAUGAGGAAUUAAAACCAGCAGCUAAACUGGUUGAUGACAAGGAAUUAAAGCCAGUGGCUCAAAAGGUGGAUACUGAGGAAUUGAAGCCAAUGGCCCAAAAGGUGGAUGAGGAAUUCAAGACAGCAGCCCAAGUGGCUCAAAUGGUAGAUGACAUGGAAUCAAAGCAAGCAAGGGAUGUGGAGGAACUGAAAUUGGUUAAAGAUAUAGAGGAGAUGAAGUCAAAACUAAAUCAACUUGAGUCAAAGCUAAGUGAGGCUGAAGUUACCAUUUCAAAGCUAACAGAAGAGAGGAGAUUAACCAUUCAAGAGAGGGAGAAUCUACAACAAGAACUAGCAGUGUUUCAAAGCAAGAGAAGUGGAAGGAGAGCUCAGGCGGGAUUUCCUCUUCUAUUUGUAUGUAUGGUGGCACUGGUCAGUAUCAUGCUUGGAUACCUUUGUCACUCUUGAAUAAGAACAACCAGUAUGAAACGAAGCCAUAAGCAGAGACGACCACAGAAGAUUUGUAAGUAAUCAGAAAUGUAGUCGGUCUCCUCUUAACCUAAUAUGCAAAAUAGCAUGGAGGGAAAGUUUGUUUAGUGUUGCCAAUCCUCACCAGGAUCAUAAAUAUUUUGUGUGUAUAUGCAAAAGGUUUUAAGAUAUGCUGAAGGAUGGCCUGAGAAAUAUGAUGUUAUGAGAACUGAAAAAGGAAAACAUAUAUGAAUGAGUUGGGUAGGCAAUAUCUCAUACUGUUGGUCUCUUAAAAGUGGUCAUUUUGUUUUCAUCAGGGAAAAUGGGAUAGGAGAAGAAACCCGUUUGUAGCAAGCUUAUGUUCUUCUACAGUAGCCCACCCUUUUCCCGUAUAUGAAUAAAGGGAAUGAGUUUUCAAGUCA